CAAACAUAAGUUGAAAGUAUCUACGUUUAAAUAAGUGGUUACAUGGCCAAUGCUAUAGCAACUUAUAGAAGACAACCUGCUGAUAACGGUGUAGGCGAAAGACGUGAUUUAACGAUGCAUGAAAACUCGCAAGAAUCGCUAAACAAUUCCAUAUCGUCCGACACCUCUGACCCCCAAACUAGAUUCAGUUUGUCAGAUUCUUCUUCGUCGUCGUCCUCGAAUGAAGCCGAUCCAUUACAUUGUCUACACUGCGAUUUCCACUGCUUUGUACAUGCGGAAAUGACGCAGCAUCGCUGGGAAAAACACCCGCUUCUUAUGCGGCGUAAGCAACAUUUGAUGACGUCAUCUAUCAUCAAUCGACGAAGACAACAAUCUGAAACUCUCUCAGGUGUUACUGUGGACUCUGAAGACUCAUCAGAUCCGGAACAACGGCCAACGUUAACUGGCCACAAGAAAUUUACUACGUUGUGCCAGAACCGACAGAAAACCCGAAGUCUUGACGAUUUGUCAACAAUACGGAACACUGAGAUAGAAACAAGAGCUCAGGAAACUUCGAAUUACGCAUUUCAUAUUUCGAACGUCGAUAAGAAGCCAGAAGAGCAAAUGUUGACCGUCUGUCACAAUGAAAGAAGGUGUCCUGAAGAAAAUAUCAAUGGAUGGAGCCCGCAAGGUUGUUCACCCGACCUACACACAUUGGCAGACACAGCGUUAAGCACACCUGACGCAAGCAGAUCUUUCACCGUCGCCCCUGCAGCGACUGGUGUCAGCAGCAAACAUACCAAGUCUCUAUCUGACCAAUCACAGCUGUGUUCCAUCAGAGGAAACUUCGGCCCACGAGAUAAACUCUCACAGAGUGUGGUCGCAACUAGAAGUGCGAUUGACCAUAUGCAUGAUUUGGAUUUACGCAAUCUAAACCUGCACGACCAGAGGUAUUUAAUGCAACCAAACCUUCAGCAGUGCGUGGUCGGGAAUCAGAACACGAUGUUGUACAAUGAUUUAGGAUGCGGCUUCGGUAUUUCAUCCCCUGGUAAUUUAUUUGGCGGCUAUAUCCCCUCCCAACACUUUCUCUCAUCAGUCAUGGGCUUUGGGUUCGGUUACCCCUACCUACAUGCAUAUCAACCACAUUGGCCUCACCAUGCUACAGAACCGAAUUCUUCGGCUGGUGGAAACUCUCCAGCAUCUGAAUCUGUUGCAACAACAAGCAAUAAUAACUUAUCCACACUGUCUGAUGUCGCAACGCAAAUUCUCGCAGAUAGUAUUUCUAGUAAAUCAACUUUAAGCAACGAAAGGGCCCAGCAAAAUACAAGGCCUACAAGCGAUAUCAAGCCAUUGGGUUUUUCCACCACCUGCCAACCACGGAAUGUUGAAAAACAGUUGAAGAACGGUAUUUCCAAUCCAUUGCCUAGUAUUGUGAUUACAAGCACAAACAUUUCACACGGAGAAAUGACAACCACUGAUAAAAGCUCUCUUGCCAACAAAUCUUCGUUUCCCUCUGUUGUUUUUAACCAUUCUCAAACUGCCUCAAAUCUCUCACGCCACCCUAUGGCGAAAUCAGCAAUGGCAGACGACCGCCUGAGGUCGCUAGAGAAGGCUCUUCGCGAUACAGACUGCUGUGACCCGAAUGAACGAAGCAGUGUUUUACCGAUUCGUGGAAGCGAUGGAAAGUGGAAUAUGGUCAGAACAAAACGCAUUGGAGGCGCGUGGUUGGUGCAACUACCUGGAAAUACCAAACCGUCCGUUUUUCUCCCGAAAAAUGGCGAGAAAGAAAGCGAAGUAAAACACGAAUUGUUGAGUAAGCUCUCGUCGGUUUCACCAAGUCUACACGAUCUAGUUCGCAAGAGUAACUACAGUAUGCCUGUAGCAACGAGUGGACAGGUGUGCAAGCGCUUAAAACCAGACGAUUGCAUGAACCAUCAAAAACGUGCACGGUUGGAAAACGCUUUCGACAAGCUCCCGGAACGGAAUCCACCGGCGUUGUCCAAUGAUGCUAUAAAAUCGUUAUUGUUGCAGAAGACAGCAAUCGCAUAGGGCCACCUUUAACGACUCCCGUUUGGUCGCAGUGUUUGAGCAUAAAGUCAACAACUGUUCGUUUUGCUGUUCAAGUUCCAUGUACGUGCGUUGCACUCUGUAUAAAAAUUGCGCCUUUCCCACAAUACCUGUAUAUCAUGCUUAUAUUGAUGUCAUAAUGCAUUUGAUUGUUUAAUUAUUGGUACUACCGCUUCCCGUUUCUCAAAUCUCAUCGCCUCUUGUUUUCAUUCGCUGUGCAAUGAAGGCUCACUGUUUAUCGCGUUAUACUUGUUGGUGAACACUUUUAUCGCAAAAUAAAAGCGAAUAUCGACGUUC